CGGAAGCGCUGACCGUUAUGAUGGCUUCUACGGCACCUUUCGACCAGAUUAGCAAGGACUGUCCCACGAUGACAAGGGUUCGUUCUAAGAGGGACUAGUCCCUUGAUCGAUUUGGGCAUUGUUAAGGGAUGUGCGGCAUGCUUGAGGCAGGACCGCAGACGCCGAAGGCAGCGCUCAUGCGCCCACAAAAUGAAGCGAUUUAACACAUGAGUCUCAGAGCCACAGCCCUUACAAUACUCCCUCACUCAACAUGAGCUCCUCCUACGCGUUGCUCCAGGAUAUCCUGCUCCGGUUCCUCUCGGCAGGAAUGCACGGCGAGAACGUAGCUGUGGUGGUCGCCCUGGAUGACGAAAGUCUUCAGUCAAACACACAAGAUUCCGCCCUCGAGGAUUUCUCUAAGGCUUCUCGGUCGAGAGUUGUAGUCAAAGUGCGCUCACCGGCCAUCGCGCCUCUGUUGGUCGCCUCCAACUCCAACAACUCACUUGUGCUCGACGAUGAAUUCGAGCUACCCAUUAUUGGAUCUUUACUCUCAACGCCACCAGCUGUGGCGUCAAGGUCAGCGGUCGUCUUGCGGGACCAAACCGCUCUACUCGUCUACUCCAACCACGUGGAGGACGUCGUGCAAUACGUCGUCGACAUUGAUCGCCGUCUGCAUCAUUCUUCCCAUUUCUAUAGCCGCAGGGCGCCAAUGCCAUUGCCAGGCGACGCAAUAUCCUGUCAGCCCCCGGACAUCCAAGAGGGGUUCAUCUUUGCGCCCCAAGACUAUCUAACGGAGGACGCCUGGCUCGACGAUCCUGUAUUGGGCCUUCCAGAAAUAGACGUGCCACUUAAUGCGGUGCCACCAUUCGAGUCCGAGGGGCGUUCCGAAUACAAGGAUAGCGCAUUUCCCCUGCCUCAGAUACGACUAGAUGACUCUGCGUCCCUCGGGGCGAGUCUGACUGGUGUGUACGAGAGCCUAUUGAGCGGCAUCGCGCCCCCAUCGCUCAACCCAUUUUGGGUUAACAAUGCAUCUACGGAUACCGAAUAUACGACGACCUACUCAGACACGACGAUCUCGCCGAGUCUCCUCUACCUCCCUGUGUAUACCCCAGACUACGCCACACUAUCCCCUUCCUCAACAUUGAACGCAACGUCUCCUACCAUGCUCAGCGAUGCAAGAACUCCGUCCCCGUUUGACGUCUACACGCCGUCAACGAGCACUCUUGAAGAUCUCUCGGUAUCGCCAGAAGUAAAGCUCGACACGGAGCAGUCGCCUAUCGACCAGUGGCACCUCUCAUCAUCGAGCCUCUCGCUCCCCGAGCCACCAUCAUGGUCGCCGAGCUCCGCGUCAUCCACCGCUCUGCCACGCACGAUACCGCAAGAGACUCCGGCUGUGACUCUGAGCGAUAGCAAGCACAACGCCACCUCGGUGGCGCUCGGCAAGCGAAAGCGCGGAUCAUCGCACAUACCCAUGUUCGCAGCAGGAGUAUCAGACACGACGACGUCUCGCCUCAGGAACCAUUGCCCAAGCGGCGCGCCGUCGGCGAGGUCCCACAAGCAUCAAGGCCAAUGGGCCUACAUCCUCUCCCAGGACGCCCGGUCCAUCCAUCGCAACGUCGCGCGCUUGUUCAGCCACAGCGAUGCGAGGCAGAUCAUGGCCAUGGGUAUCCCUGUCGCGAAGAAAGCCCUAAUUAUUAUGACGCGGAUGCUGACGGCGAGGACGAUCCAGACGCGGAUCACGAAGGUGUCGAAGAUGAUGACGGGCACCGCAUGGAAGUCGAUGGGGGUGGUAGCAACGACGAAUACGUCGAUGACGAUGACGCAGCCGAAAGCGACAAAGGCGGCGAGUACGCCGCGUCGGAUGAGGAAUACGUUGAGAACGCCAGAAGCUCACCCCACCCAGCCAAGAAGCGUCGCACGAGCAGCAACUCGCAGAGCGAUCAGGGCGAACAUUAUCUCUGCAAGAAGUGCGGCCGGACAUUCAUCCGCGGUACGGACUGGAGACGCCACCAAGACUUUUCAACAUGCGCGAAUGGCAAGCGCAAGCUGUGGCCUUGUACCUACAAUGGCUGCGACACAGAGUUGUCUCGCAAGGACGCUCUGCUCAGGCAUAUGCGGAUUGUGCACAAUGCCUCGAAACAGGAAGGCCAGGGACAGACGUCUGGGCGAUCGAAGGGCGGCUCUUCGCGCCAACGGAGACGGUCUGCUUCAUGAAUCUGUCUCGCUUGCAACUACUUACUCAGUUCUUCAUCUAUUUUCUUGUAUUUGGACAUCGUCAUCACUUUGCUCUGUAUCCUCCUGUUAUCAUCGCAUUUGGUAUCGCAUACAACGUCUCCGUGUCUCCUCUGGUCUAACAUUGACGUCAGGUCCUGUAGCUCUUUCUACCACCAAUAUACCAAUAGAUACCCUGUGGAAUAGAUACCCUGUGGCUAGCGCAUGUCAACGAUCCCGACGUCUUGUAGCCGUCGGCGGAUUAGGGCGGCUGUGAGUCAGAGCACCGCGAGUGCCCAUCCCUCGUGGCUGUGCAUGGUACAUCGGGGCUCCGCCAUAGUCUGGAUGCCCUGAUGCUCGAACGUUAUCGGUACAGACGGCGUGUACGGCGUUUGGUUAGGAUUCACUGCAUUCACGAUGCAGGCCGGCGUGCUCGCUACCCAACU